UAUCGCCAUUGGCCAUCAUUGACAGUGUAACGAUACGAUCGUUACAACUUUCUUUCUUUUCAAAAUUUAAAUUUAUUCAUUACAUAUUAGUUGUACCGCCACUGCAUUUGUACGUGUAUCGAAGAAUUCAGAUUUGCAGAUGGGCGCAUGUUUUCAAUCUGAUAGGAUAUUAAUCGGUUAUUCGAAGAUUUUAUUCUUUCUUUUCUGCUUUGUCUGGUGAAUGAAAUAAGUCAUCAGAGUUGAGUUCUUGAUAUAGAUAUUUUUUUUGUUUUAAAUUUUGAGAUUCAGUUAAUAUUUCAUAGUUUCUAUUGGUUUAGUGAAACUCAAUUAAAAAUUGAGUUUUUGGGUGAAGCCCAGAAUUUCGAUUUUGAACAUAUAUUUCCAAGAUUGAACUUCGUUGACCAACAUCCAACUUCGAAGGAUCCAUCACACCUGAAAACUGUGGUCAUAAGAACCUGGAAAUCCUUAUAUGGUGCUGUGACAGUAUCGUACCAAAUCAGAUGGUUCUUCGUGCAUGGGAGCACUUCACCUGGAUUUUAAAUGCUAAUGGAAGUAUUCUGCUAUGUAUUUUGUAAUUUCAUUUGAUAUCCAAUUUAUAUAAUUUCGUAUGCUCUAUUUCAUUUUUCAUUUGAGACAUUUCGCUUCGAAGCUAUUCAUAAUAAUUUUCAUUGUUGAGAUUCAAUUGUAAGCAGCUAUUUUUCAAUAUUUCACUCUUAACUUUUCAUUACAAUUUGAUCAAUUUAGUGGAUCAUUUCAUCUUAUUAAUAAAUCUCUGAAAGUGGAUGGGUUUGUUUUUGUGUGGGAACCAAAGCCUUCGAAAUUGCUUUCUUUUUUUUUGAAAAUAGGUUCCGGGCUAGCUACAACCUAUUAACCCCGACCACCUCUCCGACUGAAGCUAGUAACAGAUCUCUGAAGAGAGGAGAAACACUUAAUUGGUUACACAAUUUUGGCGCCCAACGUGGGGCGAAUUUUUCGUAUUUUGCAUCCUUUGUUAAAAUUUUUGCAAUUUUGAAGGCUCCUCACACGAUCACAUAUUCAUAGAUAUCUUCUUCACAUUACAAAGUAUAGCACGACAAGUAAUUGUCUCAACUGGUAUUUGUCUCCACAACAUUUUUCACUUUAAUCUUCAUUAUGGUUAAAUUGAAUCCAAAUUAUUUGAGAAGUUUCGAACUAACCUAUGAAAUAUCAAUAAGGGGUAUUGUUCCCCCCACUACUGUUCAGGAAAAACGGAAAGUUUUAGGAGGUCUUUUAGCUCAGGAAAAUUCCGACAGGAGUUUUGUUGAAAUAUCGGACACAUAUAAGUUUGAUGAGAAUGUUAAAGAAAUUGGUGAUACCUUAAAUGACAUUGAGGCUUUACUGCAACAUCUUAGUGAUGAAUCUUCUGAUGAUGAAAAAAAGUUGGAGUCUAGAAUAACUCACGCCACAGGGCGAAUUUCGAGGUUGUUCGCCCAAUCAGAAUUUGAAAACAAUGUUAAACAAGAACUUUUGAAAAGAGUAUUAAUUUUGGAAGCGGAUUUUUCGGAUAGGCAUGUUAAUAGAAAUCCAAUGGUUCAAUCGCCAUCUCAUUCAUCACAAAAUAACAAUCCAUUACAAUCAUCAACUCCAACUCAUCAUAGUGCAGCAGGUUUUUCGGUGCCUACUAAAAAGGUCCCAGUUUAUAAAUGGGGUAUAAAGAAAUUUUCUGGAAAAGAAGAUUUAUUAUCUUUUUUAGAAUUGAUUGACUCGUUAAAAUUUUCAAGGGGUUGUGAUAAUGCCGAUCUUUUUGAUUCAGCUGCCGAUCUUUUUGAAGGCAAUGCUUGGACGUGGUGGCAUAAUAACUUUCUGAAAAAUAGAUUUAGUGAUUGGUCUGAUCUAGUUUCUAAACUAAAAUCGACUUUUCUUCAUAGUAGUCAUGAUGAAAUUAAGUUAGCCGAGAUCAAGUCAAGAAAGCAAUCAAUUAGAGAAUCAGUAACUAUGUUCAUCACAGAUAUGGAAUGUCAAUUCAAUAGAUUAAAUUCUUCACCUUCUGAAAAGGAGAUUGUUGGAAUCAUAAAAAAUAAUUUAUUACCCGAUUAUAUGAAGGCUUUAGUUUUUCAGGAUGUUGAGACUAUUACGGAUUUAACUUCCCUUUGUAAAAAAGUUGAAGAUGUUCUGUCACUCAAUCUUUCUUCGGGUCCUAGAGGGACUAUUGUCUCCGCAAUUUCUUCUAAUGUAAAAUGUUGGAAUUGUAAUAUGUCAGGGCAUGUUUUUUCGGAUUGUCAAAAGGCAAUGAGGAAGUUUUGCUAUUUGUGCGGAAAAGUUGAUUUUACCAAACGUAACUGCCCUAACUGUUCAAAAAACGCGAGCAGGUACUGCAAUCAGGCAGACGUUGCAGGACCUUCGGGAGAACAAGCAAAGCCUGCCAACAAGGUUCACAACGGGAACAAGUAA